CCUUCAGUCCAGAAAGCCUCUACAAACCAGACACCCUAAGGUUCACUGGUCAGCCUUCACCUCCUCCAUUUCCCACUCAAUCAUUCUUCAGGACACGCUCCACUGAAGGCACCUUUGCAGGAGUCACCUUUGAACUUACAAACUACUUGCUGAUCUGAGACAGUGACGCUGGGAGGAGAGACAGGUCCAAGGAGGUAGGGAAGGUUUUUCCCCCUGCUUGGUUUUUCUUUCUCACUCCAUCCCUGGGGACCAGAAGGCCACGUUAUGAUCCAGCAACAGCUGAGACAGCUCCUGCCAGAGGGGGAGGUGGGCCCUUGCCCUGCCUUUGCCUUGCUCGGCGGCUCGGUGGCAGCCCUGGUGAUCUGGAAGUGGCUGCAGAAAAGGCAGAUCCAGGAGAAAAUAGAAGAGGCUCGAAGGACCCGGGAUGAGGGCAUGAGGAAAAUAGCUAAGGCUGUCCAGCAGUUCAGAGAGCAGGUCCCCAGCGCCCAGACAGAUGCCAUCUUGUCACUGCCUCUGCUGGAACUCACAAGGAGACUGCAGGAAGGGUCUCUGUCCCCCAAGACUGUCCUCUACACCUACUUAGAGAAGGCCCUGGAAGUGACCAAGCAGACAAACUGCUUGCAGCAUUUUAUCCCAGAGUGUGAGGAGCAGCUCCAGGAAAUACAAGAGCAGAGGGAGAAAGGGCUGCUCUAUGGCAUUCCUGUCAGCAUCAAGGAUCACAUCGGCUACAAGGGGCACCUGUCGACCUGCGGGCUCGUGCAGUGCCUGGGCACCGUGGUGCAGGAGGACAGCGUCCUCGUCAAGGUUUUGAAGACACAGGGAGCCAUCCCAUUUGCAGUGACCAACGUGCCUCAAUCCCUCUUCAACUAUGACUGCAGCAAUCCCAUCUUUGGCCAGACUCUGAACCCUCUCAACCCCCAGAAAAGCCCUGGGGGCUCCUCAGGAGGGGAGGGAGCUCUGAUCGCAGGGGGAGGCUCCAUCCUGGGCAUCGGCUCUGACAUCGGCGGCAGCAUCCGCCUGCCCUCCAGCUUCUGUGGGCUCUGUGGCCUCAAACCCACGGCCCAAAGGCUCAGCCUCUCUGGAGCAAGUGGCCCCUUCAGUGGGAUCCUGGCAGUUCCCUGUGCACUGGGGCCGAUGGCGAGGGACGUGGACAGCCUGGCCCUCUGCAUGAAGGCACUGCUCUGCCAGGAGAUGUUCCAGCUGGACCCCACUGUGCCCCCCAUCCCCUUCAAUGAGGAGGUGUACUCGGGCCGUGCUGCUCUGAGGGUCGGGUACUACGACACGGACGGGUACUUCCCACUGCCGCCCGGCGUGAGGCGCGGCCUGCGGGACACCGCGGCGGCCCUGCGCCAGGCCGGGCACCAGCUGGUGCCUUUUUCUCCACCUCGGAUCCACUAUGUCAUGAACGAACUGUUUUUGAAGACGUUUUUUGCUGAUGGAGGUCAUGCUUGGUUGGACAUGUUCAGAGGAGAUAUUGUAGAUCCAAGCCUGAAGUCACAAGUGAAUUUCUGCAAGAUCCCAAGGCUGGGGAAGAAGCUUCUGGCUCUCAUUCUUAAACCUCUGUUUCCCCGCCUGGCUGAGUAUCUGAGUGCCCUGAGUGGAAUGAGGUCGGUGAAGGAGAUGUGGAAUCAUCAACAUCAAAUCCAGGCCUAUCGCGCAGAGUUCAUCGCCCGCUGGAGACAGCUGCGGCUGGACGUGCUGCUGUGCCCUGUCCUGGGGCCUGCCUUCACCACAGGGUACCCUGGCAGACUCCUCACUGCCGUCUCCUCCACCAUGCUGUACAAUGUCUUGAACUUCCCUGCUGGGGUUGUACCUGUCAGCACCGUGACAGAGGCUGAUGAGGAAGAGCUAAAGCUUUACCGAGGAUGCUGCGAUGACCCCUGGGACCACACACUGAAACAGGCUGUGACAGGAGCCGUGGGGCUGCCGGUGGCCGUGCAGUGCGUGGCUCUGCCGUGGCAGGACGAGCUGUGCCUUCGCUUCAUGAAGGAGGUGGAGACCCUGAGCCGUGAGAAAAGAGCAGCAUAAGCCCCUUCAAGCCCAGAGAUCACAGGGAAGAGAGAAGGAACAGGACUGGCUUAAGAUGGGUACAAGCGAAGACAAAUCGAUGAACAGCUCUGUCCUGGAGGGAUGGGCAUGGAUGGGGGGGGUCAUCCUGCUUUCCAUCUCUGCUGCCCCUGAGACAACAGGAUUACAAAAGCUCAACAGUAUUUUCUUACUAGCACUGGAGAAACUUCAUCUGGAUGUAAGCAUGGGCUGCCCUGCAAGGAAUAAAGCCCUGUCUGCUCACCUAUCACUCUUAUUUAGCUCACAAAAAUUAAAUGUAUCUACUAAGCAACUCCUUCCA